AGAGCUCCAUCAGCUAGGAGCUAAACAACUGGACCGGUUCAUCCAACCGCCCCACAGUCCCAUCCAACCCCUCUCCUUGCGGUUAUAUUUAUGCCCGUCACUCACCGUCUUCUUCUCCCGUAGCUCGCUUCCACCAUCCUCCAAAAAACUCCAAUCCCUGGACUCCAAUGGGCUCGGUGGAACAAGGGAUUCGCGAGCAUCUGUUGGUGGAUGUCGAUGGUGUAGCUGGUGAGAAGCUGCCGACCAAGGCGGCCAAGCUCCAGGUCCGGAAUCUAACGAAGCGGUCAGAGACGACCGGAGAGCCGAUCCUUAGAGAGGUCAACCUGGACAUCCCGGAAGGCGCGAUCGUGGGGGUGAUCGGGCCGAGUGGCAGCGGCAAGUCAACGCUCCUCCGGUCCCUGAACCGCCUCUGGGAACCCUCCCCCGGCGCCGUCUUUCUCGACGGCCAAGACAUCUGCGGCCUUGAUGUCAUCUCCCUCCGCCGCAAGGUCGGAAUGCUCUUCCAGCUCCCGGCCCUCUUCGAUGGCACCGUGGCGGACAAUGUGAGGUUUGGACCUCAGCUAAGAGGGAAGAAACUAGCUGAAGCUGAGGUGCAGAAGCUAUUGAGCUUGGCAGACUUGGACCCCGCCUUUGCCUCCAAGCCUGUGACCGGUUUAUCCGUGGGGGAGGGCCAACGUGUGGCCCUGGCGCGCACCCUCGCCAAUGACCCUGAGGUGCUGCUAUUGGAUGAGCCUACCAGUGCAUUGGACCCGAUAUCAACGCAGAACAUUGAGGAGGCGAUCGUGCGGCUCAAAAAGUCUCGAGGGAUGACUAUAGUGAUGGUGUCUCACAGUGUGAAGCAAAUCCAGCGUAUCGCCGACGUGGUGUGCCUCGUCGUCGGCGGUGUGGUGGUGGAGGUGCUGGACCCCUCUCGUCUCUCCCAGGCCGAACACCCCAUGGCCCGCCGCUUCUUGGAACUCAGUACCUAAUUGUUUCUUCUGAUGUAAAUUGUUUGUAUUAAUUCUAGUAAUACCAACAAUAAUAAAUGACCUUUCUGGUAAAACUAAAGCAAGUGAUUUCAGAAUCUCACAAGGUGAAAAUAGGAUAACAUUUUCUGGUCCUGACU